GUCAACAUGGCGAAUGCUGUCCAUACUUAACGCGAACGUAGGUACUGUCUUAGCGCACGUUAAGUAGGUACCCAGUGAAAUUCAGUACCUACACAGUAAGUAUGCGAUUUCGGAUUCAGCCAGUGUUCAUAAUAUGACAAAUAACAGAUAUGGCUCAACAAGAAUACAAGAUGCUUGGUGACAAAUUCUUCACACACAAAGGAAUGGUGUUACCUACAAAAGGCCUUCAUUUAAAUUCUCCAGAAUAUAUUGACAGUUUGAGGGAUUUUGAAAUAAGGGAUGAUGACGUCUUUGUCGUUACCUUCCCAAAAUCUGGAACGGUUUGGAGCCAGCAAAUCCUGACCUCACUGUAUGAAGAAGAUUUCCCAGAUCAAGUAAAUGAAACCACGUAUGAGCGGAUGCCCUGGCUGGAGCUUUUGCAGAAGGAGAAAGAUUACAGCUCACGUCCGUCCCCAAGACUCUUUUGUUCCCAUUUACAUGAGCACCUGGUACCCAAAGGAUUGCAAGGAAAAGGAAAAAUCAUCUACAUUAUGAGAAAUCCAAAAGACAUCAUGGUGUCUUACUUUCAUUUUUCAAAAAACAUGAAAAAUUUUGAACAUUCAGAGAGCUACGCUGACAUGAUGGAUAAGUUUUUCAUAGGACGAAUGCUCGGUGGAUGUUGGUUUGACCACAUCAGAGGAUGGAUCUCAAAUCAAGACAAAUACAACAUCUUGUUCUUGACUUAUGAAGAGAUGAUCAAGGACCUCAGAUCUGUCAUUGUGAAAAUCUGUAAGUUUCUGGGCAAGAAUCAGUCAGAUGCUGCGAUUGAUAAAGUUGUGGAAAAGGCAACUUUUAACAACAUGAAGCAAGACCCAAAAGCAAACUAUGAAUUCAUGCCAAAGAUUAUCACAGACCAACCAAAAGGACUAUUUGUGCGCAAAGGAACAAUUGGAGAUUGGAAAAACUCAUUAACUGUAGCUCAGAAUGAACGCUUUGACCGCGUCUACCAAGAGAAAAUGAAGGGACUUCAACUUAACUUCAUCUGGGACAUCGCUGAAUUAAAUAACUGAUCACAAACAGUGUUUAUUAGUACACUAGAAAACCCUCAAGUUCAUAGUACUCAAAACUUUUGUGGAAACCGGUUAUCUAAAAACAUUUAAAGGAAAACACCACUGUUUUUCUAUAUUUUACUAUGUUCUUACCUCCACAGAUAAAUUAUUACAUACCUAUAUUUUUUUCAAUGCGUGCACUUAAUCUUUGUACAGCGCCUUGUGAAUGUGUUAGCAUUUAGCCUAGCCUCAUUCAUUCCUUAGGAUUUAAACAGGGAUGAAUUUAGAAGCCACCAAACACUUCCAUGUUUUCUCUAUUUAAAGAUUCUUACACGAGUAGUUACACAAGUAAGUAUGGUGGCACAAAAUAAAACCUGGUGAUUUUUUUAAGCGAUUUUUGUAAGUUCUCAUUUUUUAUCCGCAGUGAUGUUUUCCUUUAAGUAAACAACUUAAAAUGUUUUAAGUGAAUAAUAUUUGUAAACUACAAUUAAUCCAAACUUAAAAGUUUAUAUUUCAUCAUAUUUAAUAUUUCAUAAUGCAGGCUCAUGCAAAGCAUGCUGGGAACUGGAAAUCCCGCUCAACCAAUCAUGUUGAUUUAAUGUUAAACUGCCGUAAACCUUAUCACAACCAUCAAAAGUUUGUAAUUAUUUGCAGUGUUUGUUAAAAUAAAGCUGUUGUAUUAAAAUGA